GGGGGUCCAGUUGCCGUGGCUGAGAUAUGCGCGAGCACGCGCUUUGAAUCCGAGUGCCAAGGUUUACAACACGCGCAGCGGCGAACGGCUGUCUUCGGUUCACGCGUCGACGAGAACCGACCAAGCGGACUGCCCAAUUUCGUCAUGGACAGACUGUCCUCCGACUUGGAGCUCGCAGCUCAGCGAGAGCUUGGUGAAACACCGCAAGUCAGGAGGGACGCCGUUGAACAACUGCGAAAACUUCUCGCCGAGGAAUCGCAACUGCAGUGUCCCCUGGAUGAAGAGUUUCUCGUGAAGUUCCUGCGUGGCCGCAAGUACCGCGUGGAAGAAGCAUUCGAGAACAUCCGGAAGUAUUUCCGCGUCCGGCUGGAGCACGCGGACAUCUUCGAUAACCUACUGCCAUCACGCAUCAUGUUUGACGCAAUAUUCCACCAAAACAAGCUGGUGACUCUUCUCAAGAAACCUGAUUCUCUGGGGAGGGGGAUUCUCUUAGCAAAAUUUGGUGCCUGGAACCCGACAGUUUGCCCGCUGAACGAGUACAUCAGAGCAAACCUGGUUGUGUCAGAAUGCGGUCUGCUGAACCAGAUGGCCCAAAUUGCAGGCGUCGUGGGUGUGGCAGAUCUGGAUGGGCUCAAGAUGUCUCACCUCCUUUACUACACGCCAUCGGAAAUCAAAAAGAUAAUCAAGCUUAUCCAGGAAUGCUACCCUAUGCGGAUAAAGGGUAUCUACGUCGUGAACAAUCCUGCACUCUUCGAGCUCCUCUUCACUGUGGCGAAGUUGUUUCUCAAACCCAAGCUUCUGAAAAGGGUUCGUUUCAUUGGACGCGACUACGAGAAGCUUCAUGAACUUAUCCCUCGUGACCGACUACCCGAGGAGUACGGUGGUACCCUGGACCCCUUCGACUACGACGAUUACGAGAGAAGCUUGCGAAGUCAAGAGAACUAUUUUGUAGAGCUUGCCAGAUACGGCUACAGGGAAAGGCAUUCGCAGAAUGAAUCGAGUGAUUCAGAGCGACGUGAUCGUCAGGAUAUUGUAGUAUGAGAAUGCCUGAAACGGUUACUUUUCGUAGAAGGAGAAACAAAUCUAUUUUCAACAAAUACCUAGUACUGAUGUCUUUCCGUCCCGCCAAUCAAAGUGUGUAUAAAAUGACUCUGACGGAUACCCAUGAAGUAAACUCUCGUUGAUU